UGGCACCAUCGACUGAGAUCCUUGUCGUCUGAUCUAAACGUACACUCACCGUCGGUGACAAGUGCUUAACAUUAUCUUUAAUCCACCUCCCGUGCGUUAUGACCUCUCUUGCACCCGUGCACUGCAAAGCCACUGCAUCAUCGAGAAAAACAUUCCAGACAACGCAAAGAUCACGCUCAGCAUGCGGAGGAGCAGAAACAAUGAACCGCAGAUGGGCUACCAUGCCUGGCCAGAGCAAACAAUGGACGAGCGCUAUUUAGAAACAAUCCCAGAAGUCGAGUCUUUGUACUCUCAGUACAGCCGCCGAAGUAGUGUUGCAACGACAACUCUUCCAGAACUGCCCUUUCGCUCUGUGCCUCCAUUGAACGAGUAUGAGCCUGCGCAGUCAUACGAUAUUGUCAACCUUUCCGCUCCCAACCCUUACUCUCAACAACCAACCUCACAAAUCCCACAGCCCAGAGACAGUCCGGCAGAACCGUCGAAUGUCUCGCCGAUAAGCACUCCCAAUUCUCUACAUCCCAACGAUUCUGAAGGGUCACUAGUAUCUCCGAUUGAAUCGGUCUUCCCCAUGUCCGCCGGACAAUCUCAGGCGGAACCUGGUUCCAAGAGCAAAAUACCUCGGAAACUGCCCCUCGCACCUCCCAAGAACAAUGAAGACGUCCCAAAGAGAUGGGCCCUGAGAAAGAGUGAAGGGGAAGAAACACGCUGGGACGAAUACUCGGGCGAACCCAGUGAAGCCGGCAAGCCUCCCUCUGCGCGUCCCGGGACAACGCCGACUGUCGAGCAACAAUAUCCCCAACUGAAGGAAAGAACGAGGCAGAUUCUAGCGGGCCUGAAGGAUCGAGAGGCAGUCAAAAAUUCGGGUUGGGGAAAGAUGCCUCCACCAGCCGAACCAGAUCCUCUUGAUCAUCCGCCUCAACGACCAGCCUGGAAAGGUGCGAGUGGGAGGCAUGCGAUUGUCGAACCGGUUAAAAACACACCAGCGGCACGAACGAGACCUUUAAUGUUGCCAGAGCGGAAUAAGCCGGCCGACGAGCAGGCGAGAAGUGAGACGGCAAACACAAUCCCACCAGAAAAGAUGCCCAGGUCGCCAAUUGACGCCGUCUCGGUUGCUGCCUCAACCCUUCCGACGAUCAGGUCGAUUUCUUCAGACGACAGCAUCAAACCUGUUGCGCCUUUGAAAGGCCGGAACACACCAAGAGUCAUAUCACCAACGACGGCAGAUCACACAAAAGGCCUGGACAGUCCAUUCCACAGCCCCGGACCAGCGCCACCAAUGUUCGAGCCGGCUCCGAGCUUGAGCCCUGCGCCGAGCACUAUCCAGGACUAUGCAGGGGACAGUCCUACUCUUGGGUCUAAUGCUAGCUUCACUGGCGGAAGGAGCUCAAGCGAAGAUUCUCUCGAGACAACCGUACGCGCGAAUCCCCUGCAGCGUGAGAUGGACACUUCAUCGAGCUGGAAUACGUACACGAGUAUGGUUGAGCCGCAUAGCCCGUUCUCCCGGGCUGAAAUGACGAGCAGUCCUGUCUCUAUGACUGGGACAUCAGACGUACCCUCACCUAUAUUCCUCCGCAAACGAGUGGCUGCAAACAACAGUGGUCACAAGAGUUACGACAACCACGGCGGCAUUUCUCCUUUCUCAAACAUCGUCGCCCGAAAAUCAAGUUCCAAUAUUCUACGCAAAGCAGUCGGCGGCGACCAGAAGCCGCGCGCAGUUAGCUUGAUGUCCGGCCUAUCAAUGACGAAAUCCCUACCGCCAACGCCAGUCGAACUACAGGCUGCCAACAAAGCGGCGUCUCUAGAAGCACGACUGGAAGACCUGUCACGACGGAAGCGCAAUCAACAUAAGAUUAUAUCCGAGUUGCGCGAAUCAUUGAAACGGAACGCCAUCAUCUACGAUGCCCGGAAACGGAACGAGAUCGAGAAGAUGAUUACUAAUCUCAACCUGGAAAUACAAGAGAUCACGAAUGAAGAGCAUGAGACAUCUCUCAGACUGCAUCGGGUGGUCAAACGAAGAGAUCGGGAGGACUUUUAUGAGCAGCCUACUGGAUUAUGGAUCAAAAGAGUCACAAGCUGAGAUCGAUGAUAUUAACACCGCCCCCGAACUUUUGGCACCCCAUAUAUCUAUCGAGUUUUGACGACACAUCGCAUGUGGGGAACGACUGUACACAAUAUACUAGCCUUUUCCAGAUGUUGGACGACUUGUCUAACGUCUCCUGGCUCUGCUGUGUGGCGUUUGAUGCCGAUCCCGGCCAAGAAGGGCCCAGCUUGUAAGCAGCAUCAACCUCUGUCGACAAGGCCGCACUGCGGUCACACACAAAGCUUCCUGAUUAGACCUACGCGGGCUCAUCAUGCCUAUUUACAAGCACAACCUCUUUGCCAUUCCUUUCCUUUCCCGUCUGACCUGGAACAGUACCCGAUCAACUACUCGACCUUCAGACCAAGAUGUGGAGAUUGUAAACCACAAAUUUUUGUUUUGAAACACCUUGUUCUUCUUGACCAAAGGACCGUGGAGAUGUGAAGCACACUCCACUGUACAUCAUAUUCUUUCCAUUCAUCACGGCCUUACGCAUACACUUUCUCUCGCCCCUUUCAGCAACGAAUUCGCGGGCACCCUCUUCUUUCAGAGUUCUUGAUACACAACAUUUUCAGCGUGGGCGUUGGACGGAGUCUAAUACUGGCUUUUUACUGGGCAACAUAGAGGAGUACCCUCUUUCUCGUCGCGAUUUGAAUUUAGUUGACGGGGAGUGGAAAUGGGAAUGCCCGACAGGAUUAAUAUUGGGAGUGCAAUGGGACCGCGGCUUGGAAUACACGUGGAUCUGGAUCUACAUCGGACGAGGUCAGGCUACUGGGAUUUUCUUGGUCGAGGCCGUGCAAUGGGGGGGGCAAGCAGUGUCGAUCAAAUAAGAUAAACCGUGAUCGAAAAGAGUGGCCGUGUCAUCAAGAUACGGAAGGCUCCAGUGGAUGGAUUUCUGAGAGCCCUCUGGUUUGGAAGACAAUGAGGGAAGGGCUUGUGGAAGAAGGAAACCGAACAUACAGUAAGGGCAGGAGUAAAGAUAAAACACGACGAGUCCACGCGGACAGGGAAGGGGUAGUCAGCAAUGCCACGCAAUCAGGUUCUUGCUGAAUAUGUCUUCCAAGGUCAUUGCUGAGUACGAAUUGGAACAUCCACCCCCUAUUAAGAGGCAC